AUGCGUUUCUACUGGUUGGCGUUCCAGGGUGUGGACGGCAAGACCGUGUGGCAGUCGUACAAGGAUUGCAUUCCACUAAAGGGCUCGGGUGGUGGUGGUACUUCGCAGCAGUCUCCCUCUUCUUCCACGGGUCAGUCAGAGACUCCAUCGAGCGGUGACUCCCCGUCUAGCGGCAACUCUGACAGCCCGUCCAGUGGCAAGUCCGAUAGCCCCUCUAGUGGUAACUCUGACACCCCCUCAAGUGGUGAGUCAAGUACCCCGGCUCCGGCGUCGGGUGACUCCCCCAAUCAGGGUGAGACUCCAUCAGCUGAGACCCCCUCCGCUGAGACUCCGGAGGUCACUCCGGCCCCGUCGUCAAAGUGCAACGGCCGUAAGCGUCGCUACUAAGCAUCGUCGAGCUUUUGCCAGUGUUGAGUGAAGAUAUUGGUUGUGUAGCUCCGAUGGUCAGGGAUUGGGCCUGCUUGUAGACGGCUACGGUAUGAUACAAAUUCAAUGGAAAGUGUUAUGCGU